AUGGCCCUUGAAGCUUUGAAAUCACCAACAACAACAGACGCAACACCUACUAGCUAUGAUGAAGUUGAAGUUCAUAAUUUGGAGUCCAAUUUGGCCAAGAGAAAACGCUCCAAACGUCCUCGCAAUGAAAUCCCACCAACUGAAGAGGAGUAUCUUGCUCUCUGUCUUAUCAUGCUCGCUAGAAACGGCCGCACUAAUAAUUCUACUCAUCCUGAUAACAACAACAUACUCAGUGUAUUCCCACAAGUGGGGACUCAUCAUGAUAAUAGUAAUACUCUUACUACUACUACUACUGUCCAAGAAAAGAAGAAAAAAAUAGUUCAAGAACCGAUAGAGCAAUAUUCUUACAAGUGUAACGUGUGCAAAAAGGCUUGUCCUUCGCAUCAAGCACUAGGUGGACACAAAGCAAGUCACCGUAAAACCUCCACUGAUGAUGACAACAACAACAACAUACUCAGUCUAUUCCCGCAAGUGAGGACAUAUCAUGAUAAUAGUAAUGCUAUUACUACUUCUACUGCUGUACAAGAAAAGAAAAAACAAAUAGUAGUUCUUUAUACGGUAAAAAUCGGAUAUAUGCUAAACCUGUAA